GGGUUAUCCCAGCAAUUGCGGUGCUAAGAGCGAUAGUACAGGGUUAAGAUCGCUAGUGUAAAACGAAAGUGGGAUAAGCGCUCCCAUUCCUGCCCCGCAACAGAGCCGGCCCUGUUGUCCAAUCAGAGGUAAGCAUAAUGAAUAUUCAUGAACAGCGAACACGGCGAUGAGAAAAGGCGUGCGCCAUUAGUCAGCGAGUUGGAAUUCGUGUUUUAAUACUUUCCUCAUCGACAUCCAUUGUGUUAUUAAACUAGUCUAUUUUGAGGCAACAUGUAUUUAGUUUUCAAAAUAGCAUUUACGGUUUAAUACAAUUGAAAUUGAAACUUUUAUUUUAAAUUCUAGCGGUGUGGUACAUAUGGAACUCUUUCUAUCACAGUUGAUAUAUGAACAUGAUUUUACGAUGAAAUAUGAAUGCACUUUUGUUUUUAUUAUUUUGGGGCAUUCUAUUGGAAUAUCAUAUCGAGAUUUCCUUGGACCAGAUUGUUUAAUUAGAAAUCUAUAUACAUUUCAAAUUAACAGAUGAUGCCUAUACCAUUGAAGUGCCCAUAGGAUUACUAUCACCCCCACCCCCUCAACGUGCUGUAAGGACACUGAAUGAGGCUCAUGUGAGUGAGCUUAUUCAGUCUUACAAGCAAUCUGAGGGGAGUGUCCUGCCAACAUUGUGUGUCCAUGUUGCCAACUAUCUCCCCCAACACAUCAACAAGACAGAUAUCCUAAAUGGGAGUUAUGUCAUGGCCUUGUCACAGCUGGGAUAUAGUGACCAUGUCCCAAUUGUACUGUAUGCUGGGCUUGGUAAUGAUCAGGCAUUGUACCUUGGCUACGAGCACAACAGAGUUCAUUUGAAUAACAGGAGCAUGACAUAUGAAGAAGUUCUGCUCUUCAGGAGAAAACUGCCUGGAAACCCAGAUGAAAGGCUAAGCCAAUCGCAAAGAAUGAAGUGGAGGAAGACGAUGGCUCAGAUUUUAGGGAUUGAUGUGAAGCAAGUACGGAAUAAGUACCGACACCACACUUGGUUGGCAAGCCAGCCUAAUAACAUAUGGAGCCUCAUCAAGGAGACUAUGAAGGCAUGGGAGAAAAAUGAACUUAAAGGUCAACGACCUGGCCCUCUCAAGCCCUUCCAUCUCAUAUGCCUGGAGAAAAUGCAAAAAAAUGAGAUAGAACAUUGUCUUCAGAGACUACUGAACAAACAGGUGUCACUUCAAAAAAUAAAGUGAGUUUCUACUGACUGACAUUAAUUUGAUCUAUUUUCUGCAGCACGCACAAAAAAUGUAUUUUGAAUCUAUGAACUUGGAAUAUAAAGCUAAUGUUGGAAGGAAUGUUUGCAUGGAGAUGUGAAUUACAAAUCAAUUAUAAUUAGUGCAUAUUGCCUUGGUACAUGUAUAUGGGCAAAUAAGCACAUGAUAAUCCUUUCUUUAAAUAUAGGAUGAAAUCAAUUGAGAAACUUUCAUGCUUAUUCCAAAAUAGUUUAUUUGAUGUGAUGUCCACACAUUUCAACGAUCCCAUAUCAUCUUUAUCAAGUGAAUCUGGACAUCAUUGAAAGUUUGUGGACAUCAAAUCAAAUAAAGUUGG